AUGGACGGAGUGAGUUCCUGGACGAAAGCUUUAGAAUUCCUGAAAGAAGGCCGUGGUGGCAGGGAAGCAUCGGAGGCCGUCCCAGAAGAGACAGAGCAAGCUCUGGCAACGGAGGUCGCCUCGCUGACCAGCACCGUGCCUCUGCUUGAGAGCGAGACCGCAUCUCCCAAGUCCCCGACGGCAGCCCAGUCGACGACAGAGCUGAGUGCUGCCCGCCUCCCACGGCCCACGUCUCCUGAGGCAAGCGCCAGCUUGCCGACCUGCAGCCUCGAGCCCAGUGAGCCGCCAGCGAGGCCCAUAUCGCCCAAAUCUAAGGGAAAGAAUGGGGAGCGGAAGGUCGGAACGUUUCCGGCUCUACCGCAAACUCAGUUGCAUGAACCGUCCUGGGUCUCGACACUCCGCAAACCCUCGCCAAGAAAUCAGGUGGAGCAGGCGCCCACAACCUUGCGCCAAAAGCCUACAGCUCUGAGCUUGUCACCGACAGCCUCCUCGCCAGGCUUGUCGCGAGGAGCCAAAGUCAUGCUUUCACCUUCGCCCUCCACCCCUGCCACCCCUGCCACCCCACCCCAACAUCUUCGAAGGACCGGGCUGAGCCCCCCUCCUUCCUACCGAUCACCCGAGCAGUGCUCACCGAGUCUCCCAGCCGAAUCUGCUGGACUUGGGCCAGGGGUUGGGGCUGGGCCCUCCCCGGUGCUGCGGUCUAGGCCAAGUUACAACUUCGGUUCCCCACCGCCACUGUCGCCUGCGGCUCACAGGAGGCUUUUGGAGUUCAAUCCGCCGACCACCCCGAGCCAAUUGUCCGAUUCGCACAAGAACUCCAGCCCCUAUGCAGAGCUGCACCGCAGACGUGCGGAGCUGGUGCAGGCGCCACAGGCCCAGGCCACGCCACGCAGGGCCGUCGAGGGAGCCCAGGGAGUCAGAAGGAUGUCGGCGGAGCGGAGCCCAUCCCCGCGAGGAAUCGAGGAGGGAAGAGAAAGCCUGCAAGAACAAGCCCGGGCCAUGGAGAACUUCCGUGCUGCCUGGGUUCGCGUGGGUGACUUGCAGAUGAGACAUGAGAGCUUCUGGGAAGACUAUCCCGAUGCAGUGAGAGCUUUGGAUCUAGGCCUCUCUCAGUGGCUUGGCUACUCGGGGCUACCCGCGGUGGAAGAGGGCCUGCGACGUGCGACUCUUGAGAUGCCGAAGGCGGCGGAGACCCACUGGGUUCAGGAGGCCACGGACUCGGAUCCCUUCGGCCCGUCAGUUUGCCGCGCCCUCCUGCAGACCGGCACGCUGCCCCCAUCGGCACGCACGGCGCUGCGGCAGCGGGGUGCCAAGGCGGUGGCCAAGUCGCUCCUCCAGCAGGUGCGGCAGCUCCACACCCAAGCUCUGCAGCGCUACCGUGCGGCCUGCCAGGCAGCUGCCGCCGCCAAACUCAGGCAGCUAAAGGCGGGCCUUGAUGAGCAGCGCCAGGACGAGAUUCGAGCCGAGAAGGUGUUCCGUGCGAACGCUCGCGAGCAGCGAGCGGGAUAUGAGACACCUUCGGAUUGGACACGGGCAAGGUUGGACGAGAUCGAGGCAAAGAAGGAUCGGCAAGGUGCGUACUUGAGGAGGUGGUCAAUCAAGGACUUCUCCUCCCUUCGCGUGCUUGGGAAGGGAGCUUUCGGAGUGGUGCACCUUGUCCAAAGGCAGGGUACGGAAGAGGUGUAUGCCUUGAAGCAGAUCCAGAAAGCCCAUUAUCUCAACAAGAACCGCAAGAAGGCCUACAAUGAGCGGGAUGCUCUUGCACGCGGCUGGGGUACUUGGUUUGUAGACCUCCUCUGCACCUUCCAAGAUUCGGAGCACAUCUACAUCGUCAUGGAGUUUGUUCAAGGAGGGGACUUCUUCGCAUACAUGGAGAAGAAGGACAAGCUAAGCAUGGUGGAGACCCGGUUCUACAUGGCAGAGCUCAUCAGCGCCAUCAAUGCCAUCCACCAGUGUGGCUUCAUCCACCGGGACCUGAAACCAGAUAAUCUGGUCCUGACUGCCCAAGGGCACCUGAAGCUGCUGGAUUUCGGCCUCUGCACGCCCGUGGACCUGGAUGAGUACGUGGCGCAAGCGGAAGAGGACCAGAGAUACCAGGGAAUCACCUUCCAGGAGAGACCCGGCAGGGAAGGCCUUCGGACGGCCUGUGGGACACCGCAGUACAUGGCACCUGAGAUGUUCAUUGGCCGGGCCUGUGCAGCCUCAGAUUUGUGGGCUCUGGGGGUCAUCACCUUCGAAUGCCUUUCGGGAAGCUUGCCCUUCUACACCCAAAGCCGGGAUCGGCGACGGGCCUUCCAGGAGCUACGAAGCCAAAUUCAGCAUCACGAGUCCAACUUGCCGACACGUCUGGCUCGGAUGCAGAAGAAGCAGAGGGACCUGGGAGCAAGUCCCCAGGAUUGCCUUCACGCUUCGCAGUUCGUCUCCAAGGUUCUCUGCCCUGUGGAGCGGCGCAUCACCACCUUCGAAUGCAAGCUCGACGACUUCUUUGAGGGCCUGGAUUUCAACCGACUCCAGGAGAUGACGCCACCAUACCAGCCGACAUGCAAAAGUGCGGCGGACGCCUCGAACUUCGAUGAGUUUCCGGACGAGAAGCUUCCGACUCCCGAGGAUGUCACCUGCAUGGACCCAGAUCUGGACUGGCCGCUCUACGAAGAUGAUGCGAAGGCUGCCCGCGCACGUGAAGUCGGCAAGGCCCGCCUCAGGGCCUCCGCCCUCCGCGCGGCAACUCUCGAGGAGAAGGAGAAGCUUGGGAGCUCCCUGGAACCCGCGGCCUCGGUGCGGAAGCCUCGAAGCGCCGGUGGGGGCCGGGCCUUGGGUGCCUUUGGCGUGGAGGCUUGCUUCGAUAAUGAUUCUCUUUACCGGCCGAGAGGGCACGUCUGA